AGAAAAGAAAAAGAUUUGAUUUUUCGAUUUAUCAAAGAAAGGCAUUCACACUUCACAGGUUAAGUUUAUAACUUUGUUCAACGUUGAAGUUAUGCAAUGCAGUUAAAAUAACGGUUUAAACUAACUAAAGGGUCAAGACUCUGUACUCGUAGGUACCUAAAUUUAAAAUAUAGAUAAAAUGCAACUGUCAAAGAGUUGUGUAAGUUAAAAAAUUAAUUGUAAUAAGGGAGGAUACUGCAACAUACUAGGCCUAGGCUACCUAGGUUUAAAAAAUGUGGACGCCAAGAUGGAUUCGUCGAGCCAUCAGAAAACGAAUGAAACCGAUGAAUGAAUAUGAUGCUUCAAUAUGGCAGAUGAGGCUAUCAUUUGUCUAUGCUUUUUUUGCAUGGAAUGCAUUGGGAAUUGUUGGGUACAAUAUGUAUUCUAAAAAAAGAGUCUUGUCAGAGUUUUUUGGUACAGACCUUGAAGAUGACAUAACUAAACGCCCAGGUGCUUACUACGCAGAACUCAUGAAUGCGCCAAAUCCUACAAUAAUCAGAGUAGAAGGCUUUAAAAUCACAGACAAAGUUGAUUACAAGGCUCCUGAUUAUGAAGCUGAGAAGAAGAUGGGAUUUCCAGAGAGCUAGACACUGUAGUGCUCUGUUGAUUGUACAUAAAAUAAUUGUUGAAUUGU